AUGGCUCAGCCUGUCACAGUCGAGUACAUUGGGUGGGAGGAUGACUUUCGCUACGCUGCAGAAAAGGCCCGCAUCACAGACCACAUUCAGAAGAUGGCCGAAGCGAGGGGCUACUCUCACGCCUGUGUUCAGGACAUGAUUAUGAAGUACCGAUACAGGUCGCAGGGGCCGUGGAUUGACGUGCACUUUCAAAGUGAUGCCUGGGUAAGAGACGGCCUGAACAAGUACGUCUUUGCCAGGCUUUGGUUCAAUGAGGAUGGUGACCUGGAGAAAGAGCCCGAGUUUGUGGAAAAGGCUAGCAUCUGA